AUGAACGUCGAUGACCAUGUCGUGCCCUCGGGCCAGCACUACAGCGGCCGCAAUCCGGUGCCAAACAUUCAGCAGUUCGUGGACCAGCUGGACCGGGAAAAGAAGCAGCGGGACGCCGCCAUCGAUUCCGAUUCGAAGAAACGUGAACAGGUUGAAACAGCAACGGACCGCAAAACUUCGCACAAGCCACCGCGACAAGGCUUGAGGACGGUGCGAGAUCCCGUCACAGGCAAGGAUGUCCAGAUCCGAGACAUCAAGACAGACUACAAGAGCGUUGUCGAGCAUCCCCAGUUGACCGUCCCCAAUGAAAAUCUGGGGAGACCAGCAACGAUAGCAACCUCAUCAAAACAGUCGGGCGAGGAGUACCGAUAUGCGCAGGACGUUACCGCUCCUCCGAAACCCGUCCAAGAGGGGGCCACGACUGAUGUCCCUAUUCAGAGUGAAAAGACAUCCGUCUUGUUUUUCAAGACCCCGUCUGUUAGUUACGAGCCCAUGUUUGCCACGCUGGAGAGAAAAGGAAACGUCUUGUGCGCAGGCAUCUUCGUGGCCAUAAUCUUGGUCGGCAGGGUUUUUGGCGGCAACUUGCUCGGUCUAUUUCCCCUGGCGUUUUGUGUCUCGUCUGGUGUCUUCGUCUGGAUCAAGGAUCUGAUCCGGCAGGGACGUGAUAUGGAGUGGUCCAGCGAGCAAGAACGGGGUGAAACCGCAACCGUCAACCUUAUUCCCGAAUCUGUCGAAUGGCUAAACACCGUGAUAGGUCUCAUGUGGGGAUUGAUCAAUCCCGAGAUGUUUGCCGCUGUGGCGGACACCCUGGAGGAUGUCAUGGCAGCUUCACUGCCUGGCAUCGUGGAGAAUGUUCGCGUUGCCGACAUUUCCCAGGGCAGCAACCCUGUCAGAAUUCUAAGUAUGAGAGCCUUGCCGGAUAGUCAUGUCGAGGAUAUCAAACAGGAGAUCCACAAAGAAAACGUAAAAACGGUGGACAAAGAAGAGCUCGCGGCUAUUGAACAAGCAGGAGAGUUUUACAAUAUGGAGGUCUCUAUUGCCUACCACGCCAAACCGUCAGGUGUGGACGUGGCAUCGAAAGCCAAGAACAUGGGCAUGCAGAUCGUCUUUUACCUGGGCAUCAAGGGCUUGUUUGGUAUCCCUCUUCCGAUCUGGGUCGAGCUGAUCGGCCUUGUGGCGACGGUUCGGAUCCGGUGUCAACUCACCCCAGAUCCCCCGUUUUUGAAGACUGUGUCAUUCACAUUGAUGGGAGUGCCCAAAGUCCAGGCAGGUUGCACUCCAAUGAUCGAGAAAGGCAUCAAUGUCCUGAACUUGCCACUCAUCUCCAAUUUUGUAAACUGGGCCAUCAGCGCAGCGGCGUCCAUGUACGUGGCACCCAAAAGCAUGACGUUGGAUAUGAGUAAACUGCUUCUGGGAGACGAUGUCAAGAAGGAAACACAAGCAAUUGGCGUCAUGUUCAUACGUGUUCACAAAGCAACCGGGCUCAGCAAGCAGGAUCGAAGAGGUAGCAAAGGUGGCGGAUCCGAUCCUUACAUUACUGUCAGCUGGAGCAAGUUUGGAAAGCCUCAGUUCUGCACUCGCGUCAUCCAGGAUGACCUGAACCCGAUCUUCGAGGAGACUUGCGGUCUGCUAGUCACCACCGACCUGAUCAAGGCCGAUGAACAGCUGUCGAUGGAGCUCUGGGACAGCGAUCGAUCCUCGGCCGAUGAUUUGGUUGGUAAGGUGGAACUGAGCAUUCAGAAGCUGAUCCAACACCCGGGAAAGAUGUAUCCCCAGGUUUCGAGGCUUCGUGGCGUCAAAGCGGACAGCAGCAUGCCGGGGGAACUUCAUUGGGAGGUGGGCUUCUUUGGGAGAACUCAGUUCCGCAAGGCUCUUCGCACCCACGGCAAGGAUAUCAAGCUACCCAAGGAGCUCGUGGAUAAGCCCGAGUUUCAGGAUGACAAGGGCACCAUAAACACGGAACUUGAGGACGCAGUGACCCAUACUCCGCCCGAUCCUUUAUGGCCCUCGGGUAUUCUCAGCGUCGUCGUCCACCAGAUUGUUGGUCUCGAGCUUGCUAACGUCAAGGGAUCCAACGGGAAUCGCAGAGGCAGGGAGUAUGAGCCAGCCAGACGCGAAGCUGGGGAGGUGAAGGAAGAGCAGAGCAGCAAGCUCCCAAGCUCCUACUGCACCAUUCUCGUCAAUGACGAGUUGGUCUACAAGACGCGUGUCAAAAUAGUCUCUUCCCAGCCAAUUUUCAACGCUGGAACGGAACGGUUUAUUCGAGACUGGAGAAGCAGCAUUGUCACUGUCGCCGUGCGUGAUUCCCGAAAUCGUCAGCACGACCCAAUCAUUGGGGUGGUGCCUUUGAAGCUCUCCGAUAUCCUUCAAACAAGCAGCGAGUCGACCCGCUGGUAUCCGCUUGACGGUGGCGUCGGUUUCGGCCGCAUCAGGAUAUCCAUCCUGUUCCGUUCCGUGGAACUUCGACUGCCGCCUUCCCAACUGGGCUGGAACAUUGGCACUUUUGAGUUCUUAUCAGACUUCAUCACCACAUCGAACUAUGCGACGGACUCCAGGAUCAAGCUCAAGCUCAGAACCGGGGGAUCUUCAGCCAGUGUUCGACGACAGUCUUGCACCCAAGAAGGAGAUGGCCUGAAAAUCAACAUUGCCGAUGGUGAAGGCGGCAGGAAGUUGCGCCUUCCCGUCCGCCAUCGGUAUAGCUCUCCUAUUUUCUUCGAGUUCCGCCUGGCUGGUAAACGACAUGCAGAUGCAUACGCUUCCCUUUGGCUUCUCGAACUUGUCGACGGCGAUGAAAAGGACUUUGACCUGCCGAUAUUCAGAUGCCACAACGGCUUGCGGUUGGCACAAAACUACAUAACGCAGGAGAACUACCGGCAAGUUCCUGACAUGCAGAUUGAGCAAGUCGGUCGUGUUAGGUUUCGUGGUCGGUUCUCCGCAGGUACCGACACUGAUCACAUUAAAUUUGUCAGCGAUAAUGACUCGAGAGAAACCAUUGAAACCUGGGAGGCAUGCUAUGCGGAAGGUGUGCGACAAGAGGAAGCACGAGCAGAAGUGCCUCCGCUCGUGCAGAAACUUCAUGACGAGUCCUUGACCCAGGGCCGAGACGUUCUUGCUCAGGUUGAUGAAGAUGAAAGGCAAAGGUGGCUUGCAAAGGAUGGCACGGACUGGAGUGGCGCAUUUGGACAAGACCCCAAGAAACUGAUGGCGUGGAAACCAGACGGCGAAGCAGACGGCGAAGAAUACGACGGCUUUGAUGAGGAGGAGGAGGAGGAGGAGGAUGAGGAUGAGGAGGAGGAGGAGGAGGGGGGGGAGCAGGAGGACCCUGACCUUGGGAUUCAAGACGCCGGAGCAAACCCCUCUGUGGACGGCGAACCUGGUCGCCAAUCUAUCGAGACGGAGGCGACACAUGCCAGCGCAACUUCCGACAGUAGUUACAGCAGCAAGAACCCGCUUACGGCUUACAAGGGCUACAAACAACGCAGCCGGGAUUUGCACCGAAGACACCGAGGGUUGAUGCAAUGGCGGCCGAUGCGUAAUGUGCAAUUUGCCAAAGACGAGGCCAAGUUUGCGGUCAGAAAGGUCCGAAAGCUGGGAGCGCUUGACGGCCGUCAUCCGGACGUGGAAACAGAGGUGUAA